UCUUGUUGUUUCCCGGUCUUUUUGAAUAAAGUGACCUAUCACAUGAGAAUAGGGUGUACGAAAAAAAUGGUGUUUUUCAUCAGCCUUUACGCUUUGUUUUUGGCUAUAACUCCCUUUGAGUUUUGGAAGUCAUUACUAGGAUGUUUACUGACUUUUCACAAAAAAUUGAACGUCACCAAGCUUUUUGAGUCAUCCACCAUCUAUCACUUAAUCUUUCGGUUAGACGAUAUUCGAAAGGCUGGGAAGAUAUUUUUCCUCACAAGCGAACCUAAGUAUCAAGAUUCAGGUGGGGAAUAUAUUUACAGGCGUUUGGUGAGAGAUAUAAUUUACACCUACAAAAAGGCUAGAUCGGAAUUCAAUUUACCUCCACUAAUGCGCACCCGCGUUGUCCCCUCAGAAAGUGAAAAAUCAGAAGCUCUACAGUCUCUGCGUGCAGCUUCACUACAACAGGCUACUGGUCAUUUUGCGAAAGCCAAGAAACUACUGGAACAUGCAUUCAAACUUGACCCGGACAAUAUAGAUGUCUUAAUUGCUUUGGGUGAAGCUAUAGAGAGUUCUUAUUACUAUGGGAAAUCUACCCCACAUGUUGCUCUUCCUUUAACGAAGUCUCUGAUCCCUGUCUAUGGCCAAGUACCAAACAAUGAUGCUGAUGGUCUUAUCUUGACUGCUGAACAUCUUUAUACAAAGGCAUUGAUUGUUGAUCCCACCAUUUCUAAAGCUUGUGUACACCGAGAACGUUUAAUGCCAAUUGUGGAGGAAAUAGAUCAACGAAUUCUCAAUGCAAUUGAUUUUAAAGUCCGUCAGUUCUAUCAUAUUCCAGAAGGUGAUCCAGGUUUGCGUCGUGCUAAAGUUGAACAUUAUUUCAAGCAUGUAUAUCACUCAAAUGCUAUUGAGGGUAAUACGCUUACAUUGGCUCAAACUCGAUCAAUUUUGGAAACAAGAUUAGCUGUUGGUGGAAAAAGCCUAUUGGAGCAAAAUGAAGUUCUUGGUAUGGAUUCAGCUCUCAGAUAUAUUAACAACACUCUUUUACGUGGAGAUUUGACUGCUAUAACACUGGAAAAUAUAUUGGAAUUGCAUCGUAGACUCUUAUCAUUUGUGGAUUUGAGGGAAGCUGGAAGAUUACGACGUUCUCAGGUAGUUCAUCGACAGCUUUGUGAUAUAUUUUUAGGAUGUCAUGUAUUUGGAAGAAAAUCACCAUGUAACCCUAAUCUUGGACAAUUACACUUUUUGUCACUCAACAGCGUGAUGUGUCCGUAGCCUUGAUUAGAGCUGAGUUUCACCACUCAGAGAUAUCACCUCCAAGCUGAUUCAAAUUGGGAUUAGACUAUGUCAACUAAUUGGUUAUGAGAUUGUAACUAUUAAUGUGAGAGUGUAUAUGUUGAUCAUAUCAGUUGGCUACAUCAAUCUUAAGGCCUGUACAUCUAUUGCUACAACAAUAGUGUUUAUAUUGCUGAUCACCAACCACCACCUCCAUCUAGUGUACCUGAUCUAAUGUCGGAAUUAAUUAGCUGGUUAAGUUCUGAUGAAAUAGCCGAUAUGCAUCCUAUUGAAUUAGCUGCGCUAACGCAUUGGAAAUUAGUGUUUAUUCAUCCAUUUUAUGAUGGAAAUGGACGUACUGCUCGACUUCUUAUGAAUUUAAUUUUAAUGCGUUCUGGUUUACCUCCAGCUAUUAUUAAAAUAGAAGAUCGUUUUACUUAUUAUGAAUUGCUAAAAACAGCAAAUGAUGGAGAUGUACGUCCAUUUAUUCGUUUCAUAGCAAAAUGUACAGAACGAACACUUGAUGAAUAUUUAGAGGCAGCUGUAAUAAAUCACCAAACAAAAUCCGAUCGUGUUACUCGUAUUCCAAUUGAAAGUGUAUUGAAUGAUGACAAAGAGUCAAGUUCAGUAACAUCUACUGUUCAUAAAUCAAAAUCCGUAAGUUCAUCAUCAUCAGCCUAUAAUGUUCAAUAUUCUCCACCACGACGACAACAACCACGUGCUAUUCAUCCUUAUCCAUCAAGACUUACGUCUUUUGCUGAUCCUGAAGAUUCAACUAUCCAAAUAGCUUUACCACCGAAUAUAAUUUAUGCAGGUGGUUAGUUCUGUCAUUUUAUCAGGGAUCAAAGACGGUUAUUAGUACGAUCCUGUUGUUAUACAUCAGUGAAUGAUACUAAUACUUAACCAAGAGUACUACUUUUCAACUUAUUUUCUAACCCAUGUACUUUGAUUUUGAUUUUUUUGUGCAAAUGAAUUUGUCUUUCUCUUUGAAUAUUUAUUUAUUUUUUGAAAAUAAUGUUCUGGAUUUCUUUUUUUCUGAUUUCGUUUAUUUGUUGUUCUUAUUUUGACUUGUUUAUGAUUUCACUUGUCGUUUGAAUUUGUAUUUGUAUCUGCAAAAGUACAUUUGUACACAUUAUUAUUAUUAUUAUUAUUAUU